CUCCUCCCCCGACUUGGGCGCUGCUGGAAGGGCGCGGAGGGGCAGAGCUGGCGGGCGGCGGGCUGUGGCAGGUCACCCGCCCGAGCCCCCAUGGCCUGCACAAGCGAUGCCCGGCUGCAGCUGGGUCGGGAAGCGCUGCAGGCGGCACCCACGUUGCUGGUUCUCGCGGUGCUGCUGGGCGCCGCACUCGGCCUGGGCCUCGGCCUGUGGCUAGGCUGCCGCGCCAGUCGACUGCGCACGCGACUCCAGAAAGAUGACACCCAACGCCUGCUCAGGAGUUCAGAGCCCACUGCACAGAGCCUGCCAGAUACUGGCUCCCGGGUCAGGAGACGCCAGAGAGAAAUGAUGACUUCUCGGGAUGAGGAUGCUCCUGAGGAAUGUGACCCACCCUUGAGCAGCAACAUCACAGCGUUUGCACUGAAAGCCAGGGUUGUCUAUCCCAUCAACCAGAAGUUCCGGCCUCUGGCUGAUGGAUCCUCCCACCCGUCGCUGCAUGAAAACCUGACACAGGCAGCAGCCAUCCUGCCCCACCUACCCCACCAGCCAGCAGAGGCCUCACCGGCCAGCAGCCUUGGCAGCCUGAGCCAGGCUGGGAAGGAAGAUGGCAGCUCCUCUUCCAGCAUGCACUCGGCCUACAGUGACGACAGGAUCCUCCACUGUGCCUUCCUCCAGGUGGGCAGCUUCCCUGAGGUUCUGGCCUGUGAGAGUGCGGAUAUCGACCUAUGUGUUCGCAGCCUUCUCCUGAAAGACCUGCUUCAGGUAGACACAGCGCUGAGACGGGAGAAGCACCUGGUGUUCAUUCAGAUUCUCAAAGCAUGCCUCCUGGAUGUUUUUCCUAAAAAGAAGCCUGAAGAUGAAUUAUACCAGAAGAUACUUUCAAAACAAGAGCAUGAUUUGGAAGAGUUAGAAAAGGGACUUCAAGCCAGAUUGGUGAACACAGUGACUCCAAUGGGCACCAGUGACUCCAGCUACGUCUCCCUGGCAGAUGUGGAGAGGAAGGAGAGAGAGCUCUCGGAGCAACUCAUAGACAAUAUGGGAGCUUUCUGGAAGCAGAUGGAAAGCAUCCAGCCCACUCUCGUGGACCAGUUUAAAUGUUCCAGCUCAAAGGCACGGCAACUCAUGAUGACUCUGACAGGAAGAAUGAUUGCCGCUGAAGGGCUGCUGCGUGAUGCCCAGGACCUGCAUGCCCUGGAUGCCCUGGAGAGAUCACUGGGUCGGGCCCACAUGGCAAGAAUGGUAGAGUUCCUGAGGACCCAGAUCCAGGAGGAGACCAAAUGUCGGCUGGCUGCUAUCUCCCAUGGCCUGGAGCUGCUGACAGCCCAGGGACAGCUGUCUGGGAGGCAAAAGGAGGAACUUCUGACCCAACAGCACAAGGCUUUCUGGGAGGAGGCAGAGUGCUUUGGCAGGGAAUUCAUUCAGCGGGGCAAAGACCUGGUCCAGGCGUCUCUGGCUCACCAGGCAGAAGUGAUGGCAGAGCUCACACAAAUCCAAGAAGAAGAGCAGAGAAGUUUCCUGGCUGAUUCCCAGCUGACCUCAGACCUGGGGGAGUUCCUCAAGGUUUUUCAUGAGGUCCUGGAGAGGCAGUGGCUGACCCGGAGUGACCAGGAGGAGGAAGAGGAUAUCAGGAUCACGGAGGCCAUGGCUGCACUCUGCCAAGAGCUGUACUGUGGCACCAUGGAAACCUUCCAAAAGUUUGUGGACAUUCUCUUCCUGAAGACGCUCCCAGAAGUGAGCAGUCUCCCUGUGGCAGAAUGCGAGGCCCUGAAGCAACAGGUCCAGGAGCAAGCAGCGAGACAGCUGGGGCAGGUGGACCGAUUUCGCAGACGGCAGUGGGAACUCCUGUGUGACCUCUUGGAACAGGACAGGCGGGUGUGGCUGGAGGAGUGUGCGCUGUCCACGGUACUGCAGAGGCAGCUGCGGGAGCACCAGGAGAGCACCAUUCAUAGGGUCCUGAGCCGAUUCAGUGGCCUCUCUGAAGAGUCCACACGAGGCAUCCUGCAGGACCAUGAGCUGCUGCUCUGCUCCGCUCUCCGUAGACUGGCCCUCCGAGGCACCACCACCACUGCCCUGGCUCAGAUGAGGCUCUCCGGGAAGAAGAGGCUCCUGCAGGAGCUGCGUGAGCAGCUGGCUCUGGAGCAGGGAGCCUCCCCCUGCCUGGAGGAGCAUCAGUGGCAGCUGCUCAGAGCCCUGGAAGCACGGAUCCUGGAGGAGGCGGCCAGACUGGAAGAUGAGGCACAGCAGACUGGCCUGCGGCUCCAGCAGCAGCUCCUUGCAGAGGUGCAAGAGGCAGGGCAGCUGCUACAGAUGCACUCAGAGAGGGCCAUUGGACAAGUAUUGUUGGUGCAUGCAAGGAAUGUGGCCAGUAAGGGCCGAACAAGGGACAAGGAAGACUUCAAGAGGACGCUGGUGGAGACGGUGGUGGAGAGCGUGUAUGUGACCAGCACCAGUGUCAGCCACCUCGUGCAGGCAUAUUACCAGCGCAUGGGGAAGCUCCUGCAGGUCCACGAGGAGCAAGUGCUGCAGCACCUGAAGACCCUGCAGGGUGAGAGAAUCAACACUUACAAGGUGUGGAAGAAGCAAGAAUUCAGUGACCCACCAUCGGGGAGCCAGACAGCACCGUCAGGGAACCAGACAGCACCGUCGGGGAGCCAGACAGCAGACACCCAUGGAGCUACCCAGGCGGUACAACAGAGGAUGCUGUCACGGCAGAAGAAAUUCCUGAGCCAGUUCACACAGCACCAGCAAGGCCGCCUGAACUGUCAAAAGCAGAAGGCACGCGAGCUCGACCAGCUAGAAGCCCAGCUUGAGACCCAACUACAGGAAGCUGAACAGACCUUUAUCUCAGAGCUGGCAGCACUGGCCCGAGUGCCCCUUACUGAAAACAAGCCAUUCUCCAGCAAGCGAGGACUGCCAGAGAAGCCGGUAAGGACCAGAAGAAAGAAGCCCCCACCUCGGGAGAGAGAGGACCUGGGGCCGCCCAACAAUGAUCACCCUACCUUGGCGGACCACACCACAGGACCACUCAGCAGCAGAAGGCUGGGUCAGCAGGACAGCGACGCUGGCGAUGGAGAGAGCUCGAGAAAGAUGCUGCAGAGAAGAAGCAAUCUGUAGUUGGAACCCUGCUGAGAUGGACCUACUGCCUGCCUCGCUUCCUCUGUGGCUGCAGCCUUAUGGUUCAGACUGGGCCACGAGUUGUAGGCAGAUCUUGAGAGACGGGAAGCCACCUAUCUUAGAAAGUGGAAAUGGCAAGACAACCAAGUGCCUGGGAUGACUGGAGGUGGUGGAGACAGGCCUUGGAGAACCUCAGCUUCCGCCCUGGUGCACUUUCCCUGACUAGAAGUGGUGGAGACAGGCCUUGGAGAGACUCGGCUUCCGCCCUGGUGCACUUUCCCUGACUAGAAGUGGUGGAGACAGGCCUUGGAGAACCUCGGCUUCCACCCUGGUACACUUUUCCUGAUUGCUUCCUCUACUCCUGCCCUCCAGCCUCACGGUGUCCUGGUGCUUUCCAAUGGCCCCUGGUUUGCAGCCUCUCCACUGAGUCCUACCUGCCAGGGUCUCAGCAUCGCUGGUAUUGUCUGAGCCCAAAGUCAUUGUUUCACCCCCAUUGCUCCACAGUCAUGUCCUGCCAGAGUUCCAACCAGGACCAGCUAACUUUUGCUCUUGGUAUUUCUAUCUUUUGGUUCAGGAGUCCUGGGACCUGGUUACUCAAAGAUGUCAGAGUCUCAGAGCCAGUGUCCUUGGCACAGCCAUGGACUUUGAACUCCAUAGGCCUGUUCUGAACUAUUUGGAGCUUGGUGACCACACAUGCCGGUCACGUACCACAAGAUCUGCUCCUUGGGCAUGGAGGACAUAGGAGGAUAUCUCUACCCUCAGGCUUCACUGCGGAGGGGAAAUCUUCCAGCAGCCAGCAGUCCCUCCCCUGAGGAGAGGUCCCCAGAUCACCUGCUCCUCCAGAGGUAUUUGAAGGACUUCCAUAAGCUUCCAAACCAGCCCCACUUGCCCCACAGGUCAGAGGUCUUUCCCACUCAGGGGACAAUCUCUUUCACCAUCAGGUAUCCCCAAUCAUCACUGUCAACAUUUGGGUGCAAUCACUCUUUGCUUGGGUGUGAAACCUGUUAAUGCCAAAAAUGGAGUCUCUCAUGUCAGACCCAGACCCACGUGCAGCCAGGAGGCUGUGACUGGCACCCACUGGGGCAUUUGAGAUGAGCACUGGCACAUAUGAACACACUGCUUCACACUCUUGCCCAGGGACACCAGUGUGCCUGCGAGUGGUGCCUGAGGUUCAGAACUUCUGACUGAGGGAUCGGCUGAUGCAGCAUCCGACCUUCCUUCUCCUUCCCUCUUCCAUUGUCCUGCUCCCCGGGCCUCAGCCUCCUUGCAUAUGAGCCAUCCCUGACUCAUUCCGAAUAAAAACCUCCAGCCCAGGAGUUGAGAGGUUGCCCUUGCUGUUUCAGGCCUGUGGGGACUGAAGCUUUCCUGUGCAUUGUAGAACAAUGGGAAGCAACCCUGGGGUCUACCCACCUGUUCAUCUCUGGUGUUUCUCAGUGAUAGGUCAAGGUGUGCCUCCCCUGGGCAAGCCCAACACGGCAAAGCUCUACAGUACCACAGAUUUCUAGAACACGCUGGCUUCUGUGACACUGUAGCCCCUCUCAGGGGUCUUCUGGACUUUCAGGACUUUUCGUUUCUUAAAAUAUGAACUAGAACUGGCUAGUUAGAGAGGUGGCCUUCAUGGAAAGCCCUCUGCAUGUGUAUGCAGUGUGUGUGUGUGUGUGUGUGUGUGUGUGUGUGUGUGUGUGUGUACAUUUGGAGACCAGAGGACAACCUCCCAUAUGGCUUCCCAAGUUCUAUCCACCUUUGUUUGUUUAUUUGUUUUUUGACCAGUCCUCUCACUGGCCUAGAACUCACCGAUUAAGAGAGGCUACCUGGCUCGCAGGUCCCCGUGCUUAGAAGUCAAGUACUUUAAGGACUGACACUUCCCCUGUAAUCAUCCAUUUAACCAAAUCAACCUUGUCUACCCAGACUGAUGGUCUCAGCGUGAGUCCACAGUGCCCUCUGGUGGCUUUCACGAAGCAUGUCACCUGAAUAUAUUGAAAAGCUAUGGUUUCUUUCCUGCAGAAUUCUACAACACUGCUUGCCUGGGGAUCGCUAUUGUCAUCUAAGUCCUCUGGUUUGAGGGUGUGAGUGUGACAAAGACAAAUGAUCUUCCUUGCCUCCUCCAGCACCAAGACUGGCUGGUUAACUGAGUCUCUUAGGAUUUCUAUUGUGUGAUAAAACAUGAUGGCCCAAAGCAACCUGGGGAGGAAAGGGUUUAUUUCAUCUUACACAUCUGUGUCACAGUCUGUCACUGAGGGCAGGAACCUGCAGGCAAGAACUGAAGGAGAGACCUUAGAGGGACACUUUGUGGCUCACUGCUUACUGGAUUGCGCCUCAGGGCUUGCUCUGCCUGCUUUUUCAUAGCAUCCAGAACCGCCUGCCCAGGGGUGGUCUCACCCACACUAAGCUUGGCCUUUCCACAUCAGUCACCAAGAAGACAUCCUACAGAUUUGCCUCCAGUCCCAUCUUAUGGAGGCAUUUUUUGAUUGAGAUCCCCCUUUCUUGGAUGACUCCAGCUGGUAUCCAUAUUGGAAAAACAAAGAGACAAACACAACCAGCCAGUACAACUGACCCCUUGUCAGCUCGACACAUAAACACAUUGUCAGUGGCACACACAUUGUCAACUUGGCAUGCAAACACAUCUAAACUGCAACCUUCCCGUUCUCAUUUGCAUACAAGAUGCCAUGCCUAUAUUGGUAUCACGAUAUAAAGCAGUAUAUCUUCAAAAGUUCCAGCCCCUAAAAUUCACUUGGAAGGUUUAGUCUGCUGAGGAGAGGGAGGAGAGAUUAUAGGAGGCCAAGGAAAGGAGUGGGGGAUUAGGGACAUCGCAAGAAAACCGACAGAAAUGGCUAGCC